AUGACCGAAGCACAAGAGGAGCUCGCAAACGUCUUGCGUUCUGGCUCAUUUCUUCUCGACACGUCUGGCACCACCCAACACGAUCUUAAAAAUGUACUUGUGCGCAGGCUAGCGCAAUACCAUCAAGCAGUCGGAUCCUCCGCUCCUUCUCUUGAUACAGUGGAGGAUGCCCAACUUGAAACAGCUCAAUGUGCUUUGCACGUUGUUGAGCGCGUUCAAUCUCUUUUUCACCUGCCAGAUCUCCGACAAGAAGGUGAUCUGAAAAGCGCACCUGCAAUAGGGACACGCGACCUCAGCACACUCCGCACUCUUAUGUCUCUUAUUUUUCGCUGGGGAACCGAAAUACUUUACACGCGUCUCACCCCUUCGUUAACGUCUAAACUAAUUCCCGGCACCCCAAAAAUUAUAGACCUGACGAACACGCCCGCCGAUCACGCCACACUCUCUGACCUGCUUUUGCGCCUCAUGGGUCUCUUGUUCCCAAAUGGCCCAAAGAGUACGCCACCUCAGACGCUCAUUAGCAGUACACUGCUGUCAAGACAUGCAGUUGAUUUGUUACGCCCGAGUAUGGCCCUAGGAUGGCUACCUAGUGAACCCGUCGAGUCUCUCCGCCCGCUCGUGCUCCGUCUCCUCGCCUUCAUCCCCCUCCCCCAACUCAUGUCAUCCCUUGCUACGGUCCUCUCCACCCCUAAUUCUCCGACACCACCCCACGUCCGUAAACUCUGUUCCUCCCUCCUCACUCAACACCUUCUCCACCCAGGCGGUGUGGGUGCUCUCUGUGUUGCUAUAUUUGGUGAGCUCGAUGCGGAAGACGAACCGGAACUCGAUAAGCUGGAGCAUGUUGCACGCGUGCUAGGAACAGUACCUCGAGGGAUGCAACCCAAGCAUUACUUCCAAACAAUAACACCGCGCAUCCUUGCUCUCAUUUCUCCGUCUCCCCCUUCUGCUUCAACACCAAUAACACACCCUGCAUUCAAACGCGCUGCAGCAUUUACUCUCGCACGCAUGCUGGACUCCAGUUCUGCACACCACGCGCUCGUAGCGAGCAUAGUCUUGCCCAUUUUACACAAUUCCCUCUCCAAAGUCUCCGACGAGACCUCACGCGAUCAGAGGGAACCAGAUCAAAGCUACCUUCUGCCUACCCCAUCAUCAUCCCUCCAAACCCUUCACACCAUCCUGCUAUCAAUCGAUCCAUCGCCCUCUCUAUUCGCCUCCCUCCUUUCACCCAUCCUCCCCUCUCUGUAUUCCCUUCAUGCACAUCUCAGUAAAAUGGGCGUAGCAGAUCCAAUACUAAAAGAGGAUGUUUGGUCAUUGAUGAGGACAUGGGGACGGGUUGUAGAGGAGGGCGAGGGAAUUCGAGUGUUGUGGUCAUUAGUGGAUGAGAAUGAAAGCUCUUCAGGAGGAUGGGAAGGAGGAAGUGCAGAAGAUAUAAAACGUGUAAGGAGGGUCAACAGAGAAGAGAAACUCGCUCUUCUUACGCCGGAAGACCUGCGGCAUGCCUCCGUCACCGAGGACACAGAUAUAGAGUCAUUAGACUUGGGACUCUACCCACCUCCUGCGCACUUUGUCUCCUAUAUCAAGAACCUCGAUCGUGCAGAUAUCGCAGGAGGCAUGUUCGUGAGAUUGCUGGAGGCAUAUCGCACUGCAAAGGGAUCUAGUUCUGCUGAUAAUACGCAAGACAGUGGUACCAGAGGAGAAACACAGAGUAUAUUGAUGGAUCCGAAGGAACCUGAUCCACUCCGAGUGAUGCUUCUCCUCCAACUCAUCAUGGCCUUUCAAUCUGAGCUGGACAACACCGCUAUCCUGAGUCGCCCGAGGGAUGUGUUGGAAUUUGUGAGGCACGCGUUAGAGGUAUCUGAUACACCCUCCUCCGCAUCCGUAUCUGGCACAUCAGAUCGAGGCCUAAACAACGAAUACACCAAAGGUCUUUUGAGGGAGGAUCUAAGAAUCGUACCAGAGGAGCAGGAAUUCGGGCCAGAUAGCGACGACGAGGACGAUGGAGAGGUUGAGGGAGAAGAUAUGGUAGAAACUGCUGUUGGAUUGUUGUUGGCUAUACUGGAAGCCAACCCCUCGCUCACCCCGAACAAUACACCCUCCCUUACACAAAUCCUCGACCUUCUCAAGGCGCACACGCCGACCCGGCCAAGCGCACGUGAGGCACAGUUAGUGUUGACAGCGAGGAUGGCAGAGGGGGCGUUAGCCGCAUCGGGGUCUGCUCCAAAAAAUCAGGGCAGAUCCAACGGUCGAAGCGAGGAUGCUGACGCAGAUCCGCGAGAAACAUACCAAAAAGCACUUAAGCUCCUUCAAGACCCGCUCCUACCUGUACGAGCGCACGGGUUGCUCUUACUACGCGAGUUGGUAUCUUCCCCGGCUCGUGUGAGUAAGACUGAGCGAGAGAGACUUGAGAAGGUAGCGACAAUACGUGCCCUACACCCUGCUAUCCUCUCCAUAUUCUUGCAAGCCAUUCAGGAGGACGACUCGUAUGUAUUUUUGAAUGCGGUGCAAGGACUCGCUGCUUUGGUGCAUGCCCCUGGUCCCAAUUCCAGGUCUGGCGCGGGGAACGAAGUGUUGAAAGCGCUUCUGGAUGCGUAUGCGAGGGGGGCGGAGGAUCUUGCUGAUGACAAGGCAGAAUCGGACACAAAGCCUAAGGGUGGUGAGACGGGCAGGGCAAAGGGCAAACAAAUAAGUGAAGUUAACACACGUCUCCGCAUCGGUGAAGCUCUCGCAGUUGUUGUGAGGCGCUGUGGAGACGCUCUGGGGCUAUAUGCGGACACGCUCCUUCCACCUCUCCUUUCCCUCCUCCGUGAGCCUCGCGCACCAGUCAUCUUGCGCACGUCAGCGAUUUCCCUGCUCUCCGAAUGUAUCAAUACCUGUGCACGGGUGGUGGAACGAUACACUAAGGAAACAGCAGAGGGAAUGCUGGACUUGGUGUUGGUCGAGAUGACUGUGGCUACUCCCAUUCCACAUCCGACAGCUAAGGUGAACGAGAAGAGAAUGAAGACAGAUGUAGGAGUAAGCACAGAACAAGCAGAAUCUGAAUCUGAAUCUUCUCCAACACCCCGGUCCCAACCCGAACGCCCUCCAGACCCGCUAGACAUAUCCCCCCUGAGCGUAUCCUCAAAAAUUCCAGCACUCCGACGCGCGGCGCUACACUUUCUCGGGCUUCUUGUGCGGGUGCUUAUACAGGAGGCAUAUGAACGCGGUGGCAGCUCCUGGAGCGGCGUCCAAAUCAGGGGCAUAUAUGAUGGGCAAACAGGCGCGUAUACGUCAUAUGAAGGGGGACCGCUAUCCCAAGAAUUCAUGAGACGCGCAUGCACGGUGUUGGAGUAUAUCGCAACUGUGGAUGAGGACACGAUCGUGAGAGUCAUGGCAAGAGAGGUUGGGGAGGGGUUAAAGGGCCUGGAGAAGGCUUUGGUUGGGCUGUGA